ACGAGGAUGAGGGGAGGAGGAAGGGCGCGGUGUGGCGUGCGCACACGCACACACACACGCAGAGGACGGGAGCAGCAGAGCAGCGAGACCAGAACAAAACAACAACCUCCUUCGUCCUGCUUUGAAUUAUUGACUCCGGCUUCCAGCCUCCUCGUCCGAAUUCGUUAUUUUGAGGAAUCCGCUUCCAAGGAAAAAGGGAUUCAGCACCUCGGAUAGCGACCAUGGCGCCCGUGACGCUGGAGGACGGAGCCCAGCCCGCGGCGGUCCCGGCAGGCGUCGCGGUGGUGAGCGUCUUCGGCCUGAUCUUCGCCGUGUCGGCCUUUUCGUGGAUCUGCUGCCAACGCAAAAACACCAAAAGCCAGAAGACGCCCCCGUACAAGUUUGUGCACAUGCUCAAAGGUGUCGACAUCUAUCCGGAAAGCCUCAGCGGCAAGAAGAGGUUUGCCUCCGCCGCCGGCGUGGCAACCAACGAAGCCGAUAAAACGGACGUUAAUGGCAACUGCCACGCCGCCGCCACGCCCGCGGCCGGUCCCGAGCCGGCGUCGAGUCCCGGCGGCUCCAGACCGGCUCUCCAUCUGGACCUGGAACAACGGGACCUCAACGGCAACUUCCCGACCAAACCCUUUCGCCACCACAAGGUGCGCAGCUCGCCCGACUUGGAGCUGCCCUCGCCGCACGCCGGCUUGGCCCAGCCCGGCGCGACGGACCGCCGGGACCUCCCCUCGCCGUCCGCCGCCGUCUCCAGCCGGGCCCCGACCCCGGCUGUGGACGACAGGGAGGGGAGGCUAGGCACGCUCCACUUUGCCUUGGAGUACCAACCGGAGAAGAAGGCCUUCAUUGUCCACAUUAAGGAAGCCCACGGCCUGAGCCCGACCGACGAGCGGUCCCUGACGUCGGACCCCUACAUCAAGCUGGCCCUGCUCCCGGAGAAGAAGCACCGGGUGAAGACCAGAGUCCUGAGGAAGACUCUGGACCCGACCUUCGACGAAACCUUCAGCUUCUACGGAAUUCCGCUGGCCAGAGUGUCGGAGCUGGCUCUCCAGUUCACGGUGCUCAGCUUUGACAGAUUCUCCCGGGAUGAGAUCAUCGGCGAGACCCUCGUCCCGCUGUCGGGAAUCGACCUGUCCGAAGGCCGCGUGCUGAUGAGCCGGGAGAUCGUCAAGAAGAAUGUCAAGAAGUCGUCGGGCCGAGGUGAGCUGCUGCUCUCCUUGUGUUACCAGUCCGCCACCAACACGCUGACCGUGGUGGUCCUCAAGGCCCGCCACCUGCCCAGCAACGACAACAGCGGACCCACAGAUCCGUAUGUGAAAGUCAAUCUGUAUCACGGGAAGAAGCGUGUGUGCAAGAAGAAGACCCACGUGAAGAAGUGCGCCCCCAACCCCGUCUUCAACCAGCGCUUGACCUUUGACCUGCCCUCCGACGAGGGCCUGAGAAACACCAGCGUGGAGCUGCUGCUGAUGGACUCGGACGCGGGCGACUCCCGCUGCCCGAAGCCGGUCCUCAGGCGGCUGCUGAUGGGCACGACGGCGGCGGGCACCGCCGGCGAGCACUGGCGGGAGAUCUGCGAGCACCCGCGCCGCCAGAUCGCCAAGUGGCACGCCAUGUCUGAGGAUUAAGAUGGCGGGAUGCGUGUCGGAUGUCCCGUCCGGUUCAAACGAUGGAGCGACUGAAUGGAGAAGGCGCGAUUCGGGGUCCGGCUAGCCAUCGGACCAUCGGGCAGGGAGGGACGUGAUGUCAUCGACCGACCGACCGAUCAAUCAAUCAAUCGAUCAAUCAAUCAAUCAAUCCAUGGCUCGCUCAUCUUGGAAGUUACAGCGCGAUCGUUGACUUGCAAGUGCCCCAAGUUACAAGGCAUCGCUUGGUGUUGCCAGCCGAAAAAAGGAUUCGCUUAGCUGCUGUCUGCGGUCGGCCGGAAUCGUCGUAUCUCCAAAAUCGUUACUUUAAAAGGGCGGAGGGGAAACGGACUGCAAACGUCUUCAACGAUUCAUUUUUAUCACGACGGGCUUACUCAAAUAUGGCUAAGCUAACUUUUUUCCACUCACUUUUUAUUUUGUUUUUAUAUCUGUAUGCAUUUAUUCUCUGCAUUUUUGCUGUUGUUGUGACUUUCUUGUUUUUAUUUGCUUUGUAUGGUGACCUUGGACGCUCAGAAAGGUGCCUACACAUAAAAAGUAUCAUUCUU